AUGAAAUUCUUAUCUUCACAUAAGACCACCAUACUCACCUUCAUCAUUAUCACAUUAUGCAUCACGACGACCAUCGUAUCUUGCGCUCGAUAUACACAAGCUGUAAGUAUACGCUUCUAUGGAUCAGAUACGUCAGAAACCGCGGACACAGUAGAAGAUUGUGCUCAAAUGGCAUUGGAAGCGACGGCUGAAGGCUUUGGCUACUGUGAGUCGAACAGUACGUGUAUGUUGUUCACUGACAUAUACGGCUAUGCUACUGGGAACGAUGCGUGUUACUUUUACAUACGAAAGGAUGAUCAACCAGAUGAGUGUGCGUCUACAUCAGACAUGACUUCUGCGUUGCAUGACUUGGUAUAUGAUAACGGGGAUUGUCCUACUGGGUUCACCUACAAUAGCACUGCUCAGUUUUGUUAUUCUAACAUGGUAAGUUGGAGAGGUUUAGUUAUAACUCAUAAGAGAGAAAAGGAAUGAUUUUUAAGGGAAAAAAGGUCCUAACCUUAGUAGAGAUACCAUAGUUUCCGAAUAUAAAUUACCAGAACAAUACUGAAUUACAGACCCAAGAUGAAUGUAGCAUGUACAGUGCAACGUGGCGAUAUCCGUACAUGCCAGUAUCGCAAACACCUUGUGCUUUAUAUGGCAGCUCUCAAAGUAAGCAAGCUUGUAAUAAAUCGUACCCCUUGGCCAGAGCUCUAGUACAGAGCCCUAGUCCAGAGCCCUGUCCUGUUUUGCUCUAGACAUAGCUUUAACCUACUCUGCCUCACCCUAGGUCUUGUUUAGCUUCAUCGUACUCUGUUUUCUAUGUAAUGUGCCUUAUGUCUAAUUUUAUCUAAUUUUAUAGCCGAAUUUCUGGAUGACUAUGCAUGUGAAAAUUAUGGGUCUAAACUGCAAAUCUUCCAAGGAAGCGCCUACUGUUAUGUUCGAGUUGCAGUGACAACAGCGGUAGGUUUUAGAUCUAAUCUGUGUACAAAGUGACAUCUUAUGCGUCAUGCAACCAAAACUAUUUUUUUAAAAAAGCUGCCAUUUAAAGAAUAAAUUGUUUAGCUAGCCGAAAAUGCGUCUGUAGUAACAGCAAACGGUUGUUCCUGGUUGUACGAUGUAAAUUCGAAUACGAUAAAGGUUGGCAGCCAGCUGGAGAUCGACUUUAUUCAUGGUAAGCGGGCAGUCUUGCUCAUUUUUACGUUCCUACACACCAAGUUUAAAAUUUUUUUUAAUUUAAAAAUUUUUACCUUUAAAUUUAAAAAAAAAUUAUCGAUAACAUAAACAUUAAUUUAGUCUCAUAUGGCACCGUGAUGAUUGGUGGCUACAGUGCUGGCUACACCUUAGGCAGCAUAACAAUAAACGAAGCUAGCGACUACAAAUUCUACGAUAAUUCGUCGGCUUCUGCCUAUCUGGAUCAAAGCACAAUAUCUUCGAGUACGCCUGGCUUCAUGUACACUACAGGAAGUGAGUUGACAUUGCCAUGA